UCAUUUUUCUGAGUCAGCUUCGUGACGAAUUUCAGUCCGAUUCCGGUGUUUAUUUCACCUAUUUCUUUACCGUACCAUUUCUUUUCCGUAAACAGAUCACAUUACGGGCGUAGAACGAAAGGAUAAGAAAACAUGGCCGCAACUCUAAAGCCUUAUCUGACGGCCGUCCGGCACACCCUCACGGCAGCGAUGUGCUUGAGCAAUUUUUCCUCCCAGGUCGUGGAACGCCACAACAAGCCGGAGGUCGAGGUGCGUAGCAGCAAAGAACUCCUACUGACCCCGGUGGUCAUUUCGCGAAACGAAAAGGAGCGCGUCCUCAUCGAGACGAGUGUAAAUUCGGUGCGUAUCAGCAUCGCGGUCAAGCAGGCGGACGAGAUCGAGAAAAUCCUGUGCCACAAGUUCACCCGGUUCAUGAUGAUGCGUGCGGAAAACUUUAUCAUCCUGCGGCGGAAACCGAUCGAGGGCUACGACAUCAGUUUCUUGAUCACGAAUUUCCAUACCGAGCAGAUGUACAAGCAUAAGCUGGUUGACUUUGUCAUUCACUUCAUGGAGGAGAUCGAUAAGGAAAUCAGCGAAAUGAAGCUCGCCGUCAAUGCACGAGCCCGUAUCUGCUCGGAAGAGUUCUUGAAGCGGUUCUAAGGCACCAAAGCCCGACAAAUGCACUCCAUGAAGAUUAUUCGACUAGUAUCGAAAGCAUUUUUAGUUUCGUUGCAAUCUAGCCAAACGAGUUAAGGAUAAAUGUGGAAGAGGAAGAUAGGUUAAGAAAAAAUGUAUUAAUCCAUUCGGAUCGCAUCGGAGCGUAUUCCAAGCACAGCAAAUAUCAAAGCCGUAAGAC